CGAGAGUGGUUAACAAAAUCAAAGUGUUACUUGACGAAGAUCGACUUUUUUUGAUUCCCAAAGUGCAAUAAACAAGGACUAUUUCUUUGUAAAAAAAUUCAUCGAAGUAUUCAUCCAAAAGAACGCGAAGAUCUUCUCUCGUGGAGAUCGAAACGUUUGUAAGAAAAAAAAAGGAACAACGAAUGCUUUCGUGAGAUUGAAUCAAAGAAGUAAGAAAAAGUAUGACGAGCCAUUCGGGAUACGAUUACGAAGACAGAGGUCAGAGAAUCCGCCAUCGUGUCGGUACUGCUUCGAGACCAGCCGAUUCUACCGUCGCUUGUACCAGUUCUCAAUAUUACGUUGGUCCAAAUAGCGACAUCAGUGAAGAGGAUAUAGCAGAAUUACCUUCUUGCGUUUAUGCGAGUAGAUCCUCCCAACACGUUGCACACGCUUCCUCGCACACGCAUUCACCAUUGCACUAUCACAUGCCGGUCGCUACUCCAGAUCACAAUGAUGCUGAUAUGAACGGAGUGGAAGAAGGUUAUUAUCCAAAUGGCAGUCCAUAUAGAAUUCAACGACAUGCCGCGAAUAUACGCGAAAGAAAACGUAUGCUGAGCAGCAUCAACUCGGCUUUCGACGAGCUUAGGGUUCAUGUACCAACAUUCCCGUACGAGAAGAGACUCUCGAAAAUUGAUACUCUUCGUUUGGCAAUAGCUUAUAUCGCUCUUCUUCGAGAAGUCCUAGCAGCGAGACUCGAUCCUUUGACUUACGUUGAGAGGUGCCUUAGAGGUGAAAUCAAUGGUGAACGUGCUGAAUGGAACACCAGUGAUCUGACCGCACGUUUGUCGUGGAUUAAUUGGGAAAAUUUAGGAGUCAAUCCUAAUCGACGUUCAGUUCUUACAACUCUCGCGUUAACUACAGACAAUAUGAAUUAAAAAAAGGCAACUGCAAAAUUGGGAAAAAAGAAAUACAGAAAUCCUGCUUUUCUUCUUUGUAAAUACUAUUUUGAAGUUCUUAAGCCGAGAUAGAGUGUCAAAGACAUUUAUUCUAUUUUAAUUUGUAAUUUAUAUAACGUGCAAUAAGAUCGACGUUACUGUAUCCAUCGUCUCUCCUCGUCAUGUAUUACAUUACAUGUAUGUAUGACAGUAAUGAAUUUAAGAGCAUUAACUAGUACAUAGUUUAGUAUUUUUUGGGGGAAAUAAAAUUGAUAUCCGUGAAAGAAAA